UUUCAUAUAUUUUCAGGAAAUUCCUCCCAAAAAAAGAAAAAAACAAAAAUAAGACCAACGUUGUCAUGAUAAGAUUAGGAUCAAACCAAUUGCAAAAUUAUAUUAAACUAAUUUUUUCCACAUAUUUUGAAGUCACAUUUGAAUUUUUUGAAAUUUUAUUAACAUAAUGUUUGUAUUUUUGCCACAUAAGCAUAAGUACUUUAAUAUAUUUUAAGGAUUACAGUUCAACCAGAAACAUUUGGAAUAUCUGUGUUUAUUUAUUUUAUGUAUCUAUUUGUUUAUUUAACGACUUGAAUCAAAUUUAUUUAAGAUAAAAUUCUAGUCUAGAGAGGCUAAUCUAAAAAAAAGUUGGUGAUCAUUUCGUUUAAUCAAUAAUUAUCGAUCUGUAUUUGUUGUUUUCUGGCUGCAGUUUCUAACUUUGAAUGUCUGUCAAGUUUAGUCGACCAAUAGAAAAAAAAGAAAGAAAGAAAACCGAAGAAAAGAAGUAAAGCAUGCGCGCGCACAGAGGUGCGACAUGCAUGCGCAGGGAGAGAGAGAGAGAGAGAGAGAGAGAGAGGUAAUGUCACGAGCCCUCUCCGUCUCUCUCCCCUGCAGUCUAUCGGUCGGCUCGGUUCGGUCCGGUUCGCUCCGCUCUUUUUUCCUGCGUGUUCCGCACAGACCGCCCGGGCUUUAAGGAUACCCGCACACAUGACGGAGGACCCGCGCGGCCGCUGAGCGUAUUUGGACUCCUGAAGCGGCGUCCUCCUGGAGUUUUAUGUGUCAUCGCGACCUUGAGGCGCGACCACACGCUCUGAUGUUCCGCCUCAUCCCUCUCACAGCAAACCUCUAAUCUCUGCAAGAUUGAUGAGGCCUCGUCCAGCAGCAGCCGCUCUGGCACUCUGUCGAUAAGGCAGCUCUCGUUUCACCCCCCCCACCACAGCUGAGGGACAUGGGGGCGGGAAUAGCACCGUGAGGGGUCCUGCCAGAGCCUUUGAGCAAGACGGAAGUACAGUAACCAUGAAAUGUCCCAGAACCAGAAGCUCCUCCUUGUUUGACUGCCUCAUGGCAGCUGAGCAAGACGUCGGCGUUAGCAUGUCGCUGUGGAACCGCCGGAGCUGCAAAGCUACAGAACUUCACCUCAGCUGAACUCGCACCGCUCCGAGUCUGUGCAGGACAAUGUGCAACAUCUCCUUCUGUGAUGUGGACAGCAAGGUGGACCAGUUCUUCCAGCCCACGCUCUACAUCAUCGUCAUCGUUCUGGGGCUGCCCACCAACUGCAUGGCUCUGUGGGCGGCCUACAUGCAGGUCCGCCAGCGGAACGAGCUGGGCAUUUACCUGAUGAACCUGUCGGUGGCCGACCUCCUCUACAUCGCCACUCUGCCGCUGUGGAUCGACUACUUCCUGCAGCACGAUGACUGGAUCCACGGUCAGGAGAGCUGCAAGCUGUUCGGCUUCAUCUUCUACACCAACAUCUACGUCAGCAUCGCCUUCCUGUGCUGCAUAUCCAUGGACAGGUACCUGGCCGUGGCUUAUCCGCUGCGCUUUGCCAAAGUUCGACGGAUUAAAACAGCGAUCCUGGUCAGCUCCACCAUCUGGAUCAUCGAGAUCGUCGCCAAUUCUGCUCCUCUUUUCCACAACGAGCUCUUCCAGGACCGCUUCAACCACACCUUCUGCUUUGAGAAGUACCCCAUGCAGGACUGGGUGGCAGGGAUGAACCUCUACAGGACGUUUCUGGGCUUCCUGGCUCCGUGGACGGCCAUGCUGGUCGCGUACAGAGGCAUCCUCGCGGCGGUGAGGUGCAACGUUUCCACAGAGCGCCAGGAAAAAGCCAAGAUCCAAAGACUGGCCCUGAGUUUAAUCCUCAUCGUUCUGCUCUGCUUCGGGCCGUACCACAGCCUCCUUCUGGUGCGGACCGUUAUGUUCUUGAGGAAACCAUGUGACUGCAGCUCCGAGGAGACCAUGUUUGCGGCGUAUCACGUGUCGUUAGCGCUGACGAGCCUGAACUGCGUCGCUGAUCCCAUCUUGUACUGUUUUGUGAACGAAGGCGCCAGGCACGACGUGGGCCGAGCGCUUUCAGCCUUAAUGUCCGUGACCUGCCUCAGACGCUCGUCCUCUUCGCCGUCACACGUGGACAUACUAAACGCCGGGUCAGUGACCAUCGACACGCCGCUGUCGACGAAGAAGCAGCCCUACGUGUACGCCGAUGGAGGCAAAAGCGGAGGCUAUAAGACUGAACUGGUGGCUCUGAAGGAGGAGUGUCUACAGAUGACCAUUCUCAGCGUUAAGAAGUGAAUUCUUUCAGAGUCUUAUGUGUUCUGGAGGAGCAACUGAAAAUACAAAUGCACUGAGCCGAUGCUGGUGUUGGGCUAGGAGCCCAAGUUUGGCUUCUAGCUAGUUUGAAUGAGCAGCAGGAGCUGAGGGAGAGGAGACUCAUCCAGUCCGGUGUUACCACGCCAACGAUGAGGUUUGUGUUUCCACAGAGGACCAAGUUCACAGCUGACCUACAAGUCAGCAAAAACUAUCUUUAUGCAAACUUAAGACAAUUCCAGCUAAAGGCACAAAUUCAGUGUUUUCCAUCAAAAAACAUUUUCUUAGAGAGAAAGCAAACGCAAGCACUCAAGUGCUUCCAAAGACUAAAUCCAGAGGAACUUUUCUUAUUUAAGUCGGAGUCUGGUCUCAUCAGACAUCAGGUCAUGGUUCUACGACCAUCGGAAACCUAAAUCCUGGGCUGAUGUUGGAGAUGUGAUCAGGAUCUACUUUCAAACAGCUUAUAGGCACAAGAAAACAGGAAGUUGAUGUUUCUACAUUUUCAGUGCAAAAACUUUACAAAGAGCUUUUAUUCUUAGACCUGAAAGCGACAAUAACAGUGUUCAACCAUCUCAAACUUUCAAGUCUGGAUCUGAGACUUCAGUGGGACUCAAGUCCAAGUCCCAGUUCGAAUCCAAAUUUUCCUGAUCUCUACAGUUAUUCCUCCAAACGGAGAAAUAUAAAAAACAAUAGUCUCUUGUAUUCAGGCGUUACUAACUCUAGAAGACGUCAUCAAUAUUCUCCAGUCAUCUAAUUAUUAGCAAAUAGCUCCCAGCGCACAGAAAAUACACAACAUCUGUUUUAUAGCUUUAAAAGGGUCAUGCUAAAGCAAAAGCUCAAUACUUACAUUGAAAUGAAAGCUACUGUGCUAUCUAUCCCUGUAGGGAGGGAUAGAUAACCCUAAGUCCCUACAGCUCCUUUAAAAACCUGGUUUGUCUCAUUCCCACUGAGCGGUCCGGACCAGACCAGUCCCCUCUUGAUUUGGAAUGAGUUCAAGAGAGCUUUUCCAGUGAGUGUUGGACCAUCAAAGCGCAUGCGGGGUGUAGACCCACGACGUAGCUGUGAGUCAAAACGGUGCGACUACAACGAAAGAGAAGCUGCAUCAGCUGAUUCAGGAUGAAGCCUGCCUCUAUGCAGAGGAACCGUCUAUUGUUCUAAAAAUAAAAAGAAGAAAAAACUCCUUAUGUUGAGCAGUACUCCAAUGUUCUUCAAAUGUUUUACAAAGCACAAUCAAAAGUUUUUUGAGGAGUAUGGAUCGGUAAUGGACAUCCUUCGGCUGUGAUGGAGACGGCGCAGUAUUCGGCAUGUCUCCAGUCCCCAACCCCCACAAAUAAGGGGAGUACUGUACGUAAAUCAUUUUUAUUCUUUGCUAGAAGAUUGAGAUGGGCGAAGAAGAAUCUAGACGAAAAAAGGAAAAAACUUUCGGUUUGAAUCUUGAGUCAGGGAAAUUGCUGGUCGGACGCUUCUUGUUGUCGUAAAACCUUUCCACCAAUCAGUGGGUUACAUUGUGUGACAACAGAAGUCCCGCCUUAACGGGUCCAUUCCAUUUUCUAUGGAUCUACGACCAACGGGGGACCAGAAAUGGUACCAGUCGGUCCUGCUUAAUGGGUCGAUUUUGUAAUGGAGACGCUCAAAAUUCCAGACCGGCCAGUGGAGAUGAGGCGUUUCAGACACCACUACAGCUUCAAAAGAUACGACAAUUGGAGCAGUAGGGAGGAGCCAAAGGGGAAGGAAGCAAUUUGGAUUGGUCUCUGGCUGCUGUGACUGAAUCCCAUCAAUUCUCAUGAUCCAGACUUCAUCUUUGAGGAAAAGAAGAAUCCUAAGACACAAAUCUGGAGAGAAUCUGCCUGAUUUUUUCCAAAAUUAAACAACUCUUUAGGCAAACACCACUGUACCACAAUCACAAGUUAGGUAACAAAUUAAAGUCACACAUGUGAGGGUACAGUCCAACAUGUAAACCCGUUUAUAACCUCAGACAUGACUCUUAGUCUCAACCAUUGGGUCCCGUUUUCCAAGUUUUUUGGUAAAACUCAACAAGGGAUUCGAACCCACUGUCUCCCACUCUCUUGGUGGACACUCUACCACUUGGCCCCUGAGUCUGAGUUUGUUGUCAACAUUCAAGCAGCUGCAUGUGUCAAUGACAGUGAAAAAACUAAUUUAUGUUUUGGACUAUACUAUUAUAGGGCACACAAAGGGAAACAAGUCAUAGGAUAUAUUAUGACUACACUACCCAGAAUGCCUAGAGAGACCAAGAGACAGGAGUUUGGUCAGAGAAGUUGUUGAGAACUUUUUCUAGUGAACUGUCGUUCUUCACGUCUUUUAGCUACAGUAAGCAGAGGAACAGAUAAUAAAACUUUAUUGACAAUAACAACAUUGUUCAGCUGCUAAACAUGAAACACUAAACAAUACUCUCACUUUCUCACACAGUAGGUAUCACUCCACCAGGCUCCUGACUACAGUACCCAUAAUCCUCCAAUCCAUUGAGCGUUGUGGCUUCUAGUUGACCAAAAUCGUACCCAAACAUUUGGACGAAUAUUGUGACCACAGAAAAUCUGUUCCAGGUCAGAAAACACGACCAGGAUUCAGACAAAAGACGAAUGUUAGUGCUGGAAAUUCACCUGUCAUUCACCAAGCAACCACUAGGGGCACCACUCAGUCCUUCAAUCACUCCUGUAUGAAAAGCUCCAGCUUUGGUCUCUACGAUUUGACUACAUAGUUAUUAUUCUAGGAUUAUCUCUCAUGAUUUUUCUUUCUACAGCAGAAUUGCCCUCUAAGGUGGGCGUGGUCAUCUGAUUGACAGGUGUCUGUCAAAUCCUAAGAAUUAGAUUUGUCUAUUUGUUCAUUGCUGGAUAAAGGUUGAACACUUCCUGUAGAGACGGAGACUUCCUGUCCGUCUCCUCUAAAGAUCCUGGAGGGACACAAACACGCGUCUUUUUCUUACUUAAAACAUUCGUAUUUUGAACCCGAUUGACAAGGAUCACAUACUCCAAAAGAUGUAUUUGAUGUAUUUUGUCAAUCCUUUACGAAUACACAUAAUGGCAAUAAAAUGCAUUUCUUUUACAUUAAUAUAUAAAAUAAAUGCAUUUAAAGAAAUGAAUGGCAGAUAUUGUUGAUAUACUUCUGUUUUAGCAAGUCAAUUUUUAAUGUUCUUUCAAGCUAAACACAAAAAAACAGAAGCUAAGGGAUCAAAACCCACCGUUUUGGGGUACAUCUCACUGUGACGCGUCAUCAGUCAAUUCUGUCAAAAGUAGAAAAACAAAACAAACAGGAUCUUUGUGAUGAUCAACAGUAAAUAUUUUAACAGACAUUUUUACAAUGAAAUCUUAUGUUUGUGCCUAAAGGGCCACCGUAGAUUCUGUCAGUCUCUGAACAAAAGAGACUUUUAUUUUGAAGUUCUGGGAGCUUCCGUUCAGCUUGACCGUCUGCCUUUACGUGGUUGCUUUCUGUGUCGUGUCUGUUUGCAUUAUGGGAUGCUCACUAAUGACUUCCAUCAGAGCUGCAUCUGUUUACAUUAUUUAAAGCUGACAAACUCACCAACGCUCUGAAUGAAAACAGGAAACGCCCGCCUGAAGUCGACGCCACGAUUCUGUAGAGCCGCCUUGGCAUGAAGGCAUGAAUGCGGCGACGCUGACGCAGCUUUUGGGUUCUGCUUUUGCCGCCAGCUCCGCUCUGUGUGCCAUGUCAGGAGGUUCAGUCAACACCAGUGUCAAUGUUGGGAUUAAUAAAUUAUGCAUUUGAAACUC